AUGCGCCAAGAGGCUCGCCGUGCACCAACGACAUUUUUGUAUAGGAGGUUCCUUUCUUCCACAAUUGGAUCAAAAUCAACCUACGAGGUUCAAACUACUCCCCGACUCCGACUUUGGUUCCGGAUCCGACCCAAGCUCCUCCUCCUCAAAGUCGACCUGAAACAACUUUCAAAUUUUGCUUUUUUUGUUAAGAGAGGCAAAGAUCCUCUUUUGCACGCGCUCCCUCCUCCUGAAACCCUCCUCCUUUCGUCUCACAGGAGCCUCAACUGGUGGACCCCACCCCUCUCCCUCCCAACCCGCCUCCGGCAGCCUCCUCUACCACCAAAACUGGCGCUCCCCUCUCCCUCCUCCAACUCGCUCGCCCCCGUCGGUUUAUACAACCGUGCCUCCUCCGACCCCCUCGACCCUCAUGUGCUCUUCGACCUCUUCGAUGACUGCAUGGCCUCGCACCGGUGGACCGAGGUCAAGUGCCUCUUCGAGACCUGGGUCCGCGCCCUCGACAAGAAUGGCAAACCCAACAGCCCCGACGUCAACCUCUUCAACCACUACCUCCGCGCCAACCUUAUACUCGGCGCCUACGCCACCGACCUCCUCGACCUCGUUGCGCAGAUGGAUGAGUUCCGUGUCCAGCACAACACGGCGUCGUUUAACCUCGUUCUCAAAGCCAUGUGCCAGGCCAACGAAACCGUCGCCGCUGAUAAAUUGCUCCAACGGAUGCUGCAAACAGGAAAUGACGCUCUCCCUGACGACCAAUCAUAUGACUUUAGUCAUUGGAAUGCUCUUUUCCACAGACCAGAGUGA